AUGGGUACUAGAGUGGGUAUUGUACUUCACAAGCUCCAUGGUAUAGAUUUUAACAAUGAGUUUACUAGCGUCGUAGAACAGACUCUUCCCUUUUUGAGGGAUUCUACUGAAUACAGCUUGGAUAUAAUCCUUGAAGAGAAAUUCGAUAACGCUUACCAUUUGGAUUCUUAUUUGGGGCAUAUCUAUAGCAUAUCAAGGGACGUUCUUAUCACCAAGGAGUUGUUCUUUACUAAUAUCAAUGUACUAUUCAAUUUGUCGGAGAACAAUCUAUUGUAUGAUGUGAUUUUCGCACAAGAAUCCGCAACUUCACCUAAUUACAAAUGCAAGAAACUCAAAAUAUUCCAGCUAUCUCCCAUUUCAGAGUCCUAUAAUGGCACAUUCCAGCCUUUGGAGAGAAAUCAAUAUAGAGUCAGUGCUGUGGGCGGUACUUUCGACCAUAUUCAUGAUGGACACAAGAUACUCUUGAGUGUGGCGUCUUUCAUCACGAACGAGAAACUAAUAAUAGGAUUAACAAACCAAGAAUUGUUAGCAAAUAAACAGCAUAAAGCGCUUUUGGAACCAUUUAGUGUAAGGUCAGCAAAUGUUGAAGAAUUCCUCAAGCUACUAAAGCCAUCUCUCAAAAUCGAAAUCAUCGCUAUUCGGGAUGUAUGUGGGCCAACAGGCACAGUACCUGAUAUUCAAGCGUUGAUUGUUAGCCGGGAAACCCUGGGAGGUGGGAAGAUAGUCAACAAGACAAGACUUGACAGAGGUCUUUCUGAACUUGAUAUUAUUGUGGUGAACGUUCUAGGGGGGCAAGAAGAUGACGGUUGGAAGGAAAAGAUGAGCAGUACUGAGCUAAGAGAGCGCCAUUCUAAAAAGUUAUCCAAAUGA